GUCCAGAGAAUCUCUCUCGUCUCCAUCCUUGAGCAACCCAACCCCUCUCUCUCCCUCGUUUCCGGCGGAGGUGAAGGCCCCCUCCAAAAGAAAAGGCUUUCUUAUCCCCAAAACUCUAGCCCUCUACCUUGGUUCCUCGACUCCCUCUCCCCCAGUCUCUCGUUACCUCCACCCCGUGUGAUAGUCGGAGAGUAGUUGGAUUCUACAACUGAGGUAGCGGCGUAGCACCGCGCGACAAUCAAGUAUUCGGACUCUGCGACCAAGGUAUCCAUACUCUUGCGAGCAGUUUGUCCAGUUUAUUUGAAGCUAUUUCUGGUUGAAACAAUUAAGCCAGUUCCAAGGCAGGACCGACAUUCAUCUAUUUCUGGUUCUAUUUUUUCUCAGCAACAGCAUGACGCGCUGACAUGGAAGCCGCCACCACUGAGCAAUUUCUGGAACAUCAACACCUGAUGCUUGUGAACCAUUGCGAAUUCCUGGAAGAAGUCCUCCGUCAAUGGGUUCCCAGCAACCUUGAAAUUCUUUACUUCCUUUUCAAAUUGUGGCAAUGCAACAUGAAGGAUCUGAUAUGGACACGUCAUCAUAGGUUGUUAGUUCUCCUGCAAUCCAUCAUCUCCAGUGGUGUCAGUGGCCCUAUUUUUAUGGUCUACGAGCACAUUAUCUCUACCAUCCUCCUCUCCCUUCUCGCUUGUUUCUUAGAAAGGGGUAAAAGACCUCCACUCAGUCAAAAUAUUCUUCUGGGCGUUCUUGUUGGGUUUCAUCCUUGAUUUUCCGGAGAGAAACUUUCAGGUUCACCACGAUUGAGGGUCAAACAAAGGUAUGAGGAGUGAUCUUAUCCACCAUUGGCACAACUGUGAUGGUUGUUUGGAAAGGCCCACAACUCAUCAACCUACGUUUAGUGUUCAAUGACUCAGCACUAAAUACGGCAGGAAUAGGAUAGCGGAGAGGACAGGGGUGCAAUUUAUUUUAUUUUAUUUUUAUUUUUAUUUUUAUUUUUAUUUUUUUUUCUUUUGGAAGAAAGGGAUGCAAUUAAGGAGUAAAGAAGAGUGGGAAAGUAGCUUCGCAAAAAAAUUGACAUGGAUUUAAAGAUCUGAUAAGCUAUGGAGGGAGGGAAGUAAUAACAGCCAGAUGAUAUGCGUAAAUGAUAUCAGCAGCCAGGGUUGCGGGUUUAUUUCUUAAAAGAGUGGGUAGUUUCAUUUAAUGAUGACAUCGGUUGAUAAUGUUGGCAUCCGGGGGUUGCGAGUGGAUGGAUAGGUACUUUCGCAAAGAAAUUGACAUAGGGUAUGUGUGGUAACCAAGAAAAGUGAAGAAAAGAAAAGAAGAUAGUAAAUGAUAUAAUUUAAAAAACAAAAUUAUUACAUAAUGAUUUUUUAUUUGUCUUGUUUUUUUCUUCUAAUUCAAUUUUUUUUUUUAUCU